AUGCCAAAUGGCGGGAGGAUCUUAGAGCAGCUUGGGCUCUAUGAGACUGUUGAGAGGUUGAUUGAGCCAAUGCAUGUUUUCCACGUUCGUUUCCCGGACGGGUUCCAAUUUAGCAACCCGUACCCCAAGGCAAUAAACGAAGUCUUCGGGUUCCCAAUGGCGUUUCUGGAGCGACAACAAUUGCUCCAGAUUCUGUAUCAGUCAUUUCCCCGCAGAUCGGACAUUCACGAGGGUAAAACAGUCAUUCGAGUUGACCAGGGAGACGACGGUGUGAUGGUAUAUACAAAGGACGGAAGCACCUAUCAUGGUGACCUGGUUGUUGGGGCGGAUGGUGUGCACAGCUGCGUGCGCGCUCAGAUGUGGCACGCAGCGGACAUGCUCUGCCCAGGAAUGCAUAUUGAAUAUGCUUGUAUUUUUGGCACUUCCUCUGCUGUUCCAGAACUGAAGGAGGGUCACCUGUAUCUGAGCGUCUAUGAUGGGAAAUCACUCAUCCUUGCUCCUGGGAUCAAAGGGCGACUGUCCUGGUUCAUCGUGCUAAAACUGGGGAAAAGAUAUCGAUAUGGUAGCGCACCGCGGUUCUCCACAGCAGAGGCCACAGCCUGCUGUGAGAAAUUGACUGGCUUGUACAUAUGGAAAGACAUUAAGUUCAAGCAAGUGUGGCAGAACCGCGAGGCCUUCGCCAUGACGCCACUGGAAGAAAACAUAUUUCAGAACUGGCACUGCCGCCGAGUUGUCUGUAUCGGCGAUAGUAUGCACAAGGUACGGUUCGUCAGCAUGAAGUAA